AUGUUUGUUGAGGACAUAUCAGUAUUGGAUGGGGAACUGCGAGUCUCAAACCCCGUAGCCAGUCUUUGUAAAGAACUCGAGAUCAGAAAGGGCGGCAACCAAAAACAAGACUACAGAACGCAACCCACCAACCCUCCUAUGCCUGCUAUACCAUGCUCUUCAGGGAAUCCUUACUCAAGAUGCAUCUCCGAUGGCGGGGAGCCUAUUAUUAGCAUAAGUGUCAACUACAGUGGCAACUCUGCCUUGUUCAAGCUGUCAAAUUUUCGCAUCUCAAAUAAGAGGAACAAGAUUACUGCCGUGGGUUGUGGCGUUUAUUCGUUUAUUCAAGGCUCUGUGGAACAAAAGGGUUUCACUACUGGAUGCUUAUCACUCUGUAACUCCAAUGCCAGCGAUGUGGUUAACGGGACAUGCUCUGGUAUUGGCUGUUGUCAGACUUCUAUCCCGAAAGGAGCGACCGAAUUUGAUCUAAGUGUUCGGAGCUUGAGCGAGAACACCAAAACUCUUGACAUCGGUGAAUGUGCUUACGGCUUUAUAGUGGACGAAAAAGCAUACAACUUUUCAUCCUCGGAUUUCUCAAAUUUACUGAAUAGAAAGACUGUACCCCUGGUGCUUGAUUGGGCAGUUGGGAAUGAGACAUGCGAAGAUGCUAAGAAAAAUAAGGAUAGCUACGCAUGUAAGGCAACGCAUAGUUAUUGUUACAAUUCCAGCAACGGCCCUGGGUAUCGUUGCAAUUGCUCCGAUGGUUAUCAAGGGAACCCAUACCUCCCUGUUGGACCUGACAGUUGCCAAAAUAUCGACGAGUGCAAUUCGCUUGAGAAACCUUGCGCUGGUAAUGCAACAUGCAACAACACUGAUGGAAAUUACACAUGUACUUGUCGACAUGGGUACGAAGGAGAUGGGAGGAUGCCACCCGGCAUAGGUUGCAGACCUAGAGAAAGCCAAUCUAGAAUUAUUGCUAUUGCACUCGGUAUUAGCAGUGGCCUCUUAGUGCUCCUUCUGGGAAGUUCUUUGGUAUAUUGGGUACUGCAGAAAAGAAAGCUCAUUAAACUCAAAGAGAAGUGGUUCCAACAAAAUGGUGGCCUGAUGUUACAGCAAAGACUUCCAAAUCAAACAGGAUCCACAGAGACAGCAAAAGUCUUCAGCACUGAAGAACUUGAGAAGGCAACCGACAAUUACAGCAAGAGCAGAGUCCUCGGCCAAGGAGGCUACGACGUUGUAUAUAAAGGAAUAUUGUUGGAUAAUAGAGUGGUUGCGAUUAAAAAGUCAAAAAUUGGAGAUCAAAGUCAGAUUGAGCAAUUCAUAAAUGAGGUGAUUUUGCUUACUCAAAUCAACUAUAGAAAUGUUGUUAAACUAUUAGGUUGUUGUUUGGAAACAGAAGUGCCCAUGCUAGUCUAUGAAUUCAUCACAAAUGGAACACUUUCUGAACAUCUUCAUGAUAAAAGCCGAUCUUCCUUACUCUCAUGGGACAAACGUCUUAAGAUAGCAACAGAAAGUGCAGGGGCCCUUGCAUACUUACAUUCUGAAGCUUCUAUGCCAAUUAUACACCGAGAUGUAAAAACUGCAAAUAUACUUUUGGAUGAAAACCACACAGCAAAAGUAUCAGAUUUUGGAGCUUCAAGACUCGUUCCUCUUGAUCAAACACAAUUAACUACUUUGGUGCAAGGGACAUUAGGAUACUUGGACCCUGAAUACUUUCAUACUAGUCAUCUAACAGAAAAAAGUGAUGUCUAUAGUUUUGGUGUUGUAUUGGCAGAGUUACUGACUGGUAAGAAAGUGAUUUCCUUGGAUAGGCCUGAAAGUGAGAGAAAUUUAGCAACAUACUUUGUUUCUAUGGUAAAAGAUGAUCGCUUAGUAGAAGUUCUUGAUGACAACAUUCACAAUGGAAGUUAUAUCGAAGAACUAAAGAAAGUUGCUAAUGUUGCAAAAAGAUGCUUAAGUGUUAAAGGAGAUGAUAGGCCUAGUAUGAAGGAGGUGGCAGUGGAGCUGGAUGGACUGAGAGUUCAAGAAAAGAAGGCAAGGAAAGAAGUUAAUCUCAACACAGAAGAGAGUGAGUAUUUUCUUCAUCCAUCCACACACUCUUUAAGAAUUGAUGUUGGCGUUGGCUAUUCUUCCACAAGUACCAUUGAUAGCAUGGGGAAUCAAGCACUAAAACCAACAGAUGAUGGCAGAUAAUCCAUUAGUCCUUGAACCACAAUCAGCCAGCAUCUUCCUCCAAGUCAACGGAUGAUGGUAGAUUUCGGACUCUUUGCAUGCAAUGUUCGUGUUUUCUCAAUAUAGAUCUUUUUGUAUGUUAAAAGUUUUCUCACAUGGUCUGCUAAUUUGUAUU